CUCGGUGUACAAGAAUUUUGCUCUAUUUAGUGUAGGAUUUAUUAAGCAUUUAUUACUAAUUGGUUUAGUAUUUAUUUGCUCAAACACUCUUUUCGAUCGUUAAAACAGGUGAUGGUUAAAAUAUAAAUUUGAAAAGUCACAUUUAUUGAAAGUUCAUCACAAAAUCUUCAAUUUCGGAAAUCUUCCAAUUCAUUUGUUCAUCGAGAGCCAAUUACCCUCAGCGUGGUCCACCGUCUCUAGCAUGGUUAAGUGCUAACGACUCACCGGCGGGGUACUCUCAGACGAAUUCUCCGACCAAAUUUCCUAUAAGGCCGGGUCCUUGUUUUACAAUCUCCUAUCGCGUUCCUCUUCAAACAUAUGACAGAAACAAAGUGAAAGAAGAGAUAUGUUGGGAAUUUCAUACGGAGAGCUAUUUGUCUUGCUUGGCGCUACUGCUGCUCUUAUUGGACCUAAAGAUUUGCCAAUCAUAGCAAGAACAGCUGGCAGAUUUGCUGGGCGUUCCAUUGGUUAUGUUCAAUUGGCCCGUGGUCAAUUUGAAAGUGUUAUGCAGCAGUCUCAAGCUCGUCAGGUGCAUAAGGAACUGCAAGAUACCAUUGCUCAACUGGAAGCCAUACGUCAUGAAAUUCGAACUAUCUCUUUUAUGAAUCCUGGUCCAAUGACAUUGAGGCUAGUAGACAGCACCAACACAGCAGCUGCAAAUAACGCUGGUAUUGUGAGCGUUACUGUGUUAAAACAUAAAUCAGAAAACAAAAUUGUUAGAAGAAUAAAGAAAUCUAGAAAACAAUAAAGAAUCAGAAAUAUUCCGAG